GCUGAUAUGACAAACCAUUACCAUGCUUGUCCGAGCUUCUCAUGGCAGAUGGCUAAUCAAUACGGGCUUUAAAUCUGUCGUACUCGGGGUUCCUGCUACUUCUCGCGAGAGCACCAUUAGAACGAUAUGCGCGAAUGCGCGACGACGGCCCACUUUUCGAGCUCCAUAUACACAGACACCAGCAACCUUCACAAGAGGCGCAAAGAAGACGUCGAAAACGAAGUUGAAAGACCUUCCACAAGGUGCUUUGAAGCUUGAAGCUUACGAUGAUGGCUCCGAUGAUGCACCUCGUUAUCCUACCGUUGUGCAAGGACACAGGAACAACAUGGAGAAAUUCAAGAACUGCAUUGUCCUAACGCGAGUAGGAGGCUUCUACGAGGUAUGUUUGCGUGCUGAGGACAAGUGGAUAUGCUCCUAAUGAGAGAAGCUUUAUUUUGAGCAAGCAGAAGAAAUGGCACCUCUCCUCAAUAUCAAACUCGCAUCGAAAAAGACCAAUGCAGGCCCAGUCCCAAUGGCUGGUUUUCCUUUCUUUCAGCUAGAUCGCUUCCUUAAAGUGCUCGUGCAAGAUCUGAAUAAAUACGUGGCAAUUAGCGAAGAGUUUAUGAAUCCAGUUGAGGAAAAGUCGAAAUCUGGGGGACUUUUGUUCGACCGAAAGGUGACCAGAGUCAUCACGCCUGGCACUCUGAUCGACGAGAAGUUUAUCGACACGUCACAGAAUAACUUUCUUUUGUCAAUAUACGUGAAUACUGAUUUUCCUGGUCCUAAGAACGGCGAUGAUAGACAAAAUACUGCUGCAACUCACAUUCUCUCCUCAGGUACCCAACGGGUUGGACUCGCCUGGAUGGAUUUAUCUACGGGGGACUUUUACACUCAAGUCACUACAAGCCAGAUGUUGCCAUCGGCGAUUGCUCGCAUUGGUGCACGGGAGAUUGUAGCCGACCAACGCCUACAAAAUCUCUUGGGGCAAGAACUGCGAAUGCUUGUAGGCAUAGAUGACCAGCUUCUUACUUUCUUCGAUGCCCCACAGACUUCCAAACCAAUGUCAGAAUGGACGCCUAUGCUAGAGGCUCCUGUCUCACCAGACUUGGAGUCAAUAUUCACUAGUGAAGAGGUGGCCGCCGGUUUCAGCCUCCUCGAGUAUGUUCGUAUUCAACUCCAAGGCGUUGACAUGAAGUUACAACCACCUCGGCAGCGACAUUUAGAGGAGUCGAUGGGAAUAGACCGCAACUCUCUCAGAGGGCUAGAAAUUCUGGAGACUGCUCGAGAUGGUUUAGGCAAGGGUAGCUUGCUUCAUGCCGUGCGCAGAACCUCCACGAAAAGUGGUGCCCGACUUCUUCGGGAUAGACUAACUUCUCCAUCAACCUCUUCAUCUGUCAUAAAUGAGCGCCUAGAUCUCGUCGCUUAUUUUAUUGAGAAUGAGGAAAUACGAGAAACAGUUGUCCAACUUUUUAAACGGAGCUACGACUCACAAAGGUUGGUGCAGAAGUUCACAUUAGGCAGAGGAGAUCCCGAUGACUUGAUAUGCUUAUCGAGGGCUAUCGAAGCCUCUCGUGAGGUUCGUCGCGUAUUAUCAGACCAGCAAACCCUCACAGGUUCUAUCCCUGAAUCAUAUCGUAAAAGUAUGAGUGCGUUGAUGAACAGGAUGCUUCUUGAUGGCCCAACAGAGCUUGCAGAAAAAAUACUAGCUGCCAUUGACGAAGAAGGGCUACAGCAACAGCAGCGCAUCGAAGAAAGCAAUGCUGCCGAAGCUGCAGGCCUCGCACAAGAAGUUGCCCUAAGUGAAGGUCUCCCUGAAGAUAUUAAUUCGAUGCCUAGAAAAGUUCGUUUCAAAACGACCGGUCGACCAGGAGUCACAGUCGAAUCCGAUAGAGGGGACGUCGACACGUGGAUAAUGCGACGCGAUGCCAGUCCUACCUUAGGAAGGCUACAUGACGACCUUGAUGGCUUGAAAACAGAAAAAGCUGAUCUUACUACCCGCUUGCAAGAACAAGUCGGCUCAUCUGGAUUGACACUCAAAUGGACACCAGGCCUUGGUUAUAUUUGCCACGUGAAAGCAGCAAAAAUAUCGCAGCAAGCAUUGGAGGAACUCGGUGUGACCCGUAACGUCUCUUCAACAAAGAGCACUCGAUCUUUCUAUCUGCCAGCGUGGUCCCAAUUAGGAGCGCGAAUUGAUCAGGCAAGGGUACAUAUCCGUUCUGAAGAACAACGAAUAUUCGAGGACUUGCGUCGAGCAGUGAUUCUUAAUCUUGUAAAAAUCCGUCGCAACGCAGCCGUUAUGGACGAGCUGGACGUCGCAUGCUCAUUUGCUACCCUGGCCGAAGAGCAGCAAAUGGUGCGUCCCAUUUUAAACAAAUCCACAUCACAUCGCAUCGUUGGCGGCAGACAUCCUACCGUCAAAUUAGGGCUGGAGGAACAAGGUCGACCAUUUGUCAGUAACGACUGUUUUAUUGAUGAUCAAGAGCGUGUAUGGCUCAUCACAGGACCAAAUAUGGCGGGUAAAAGCACGUUUCUACGACAGAAUGCACUAAUUACUAUCCUAGCCCAAGUGGGCUCCUUCGUACCUGCAGAAUACGCAGAGAUUGGCAUCGUCGACCAGAUAUUCAGCCGUAUCGGUGCAGCCGAUGACCUCUUCCGGGACCAGUCGACCUUCAUGGUGGAAAUGCUCGAGACGGCGGCUAUUCUGAAACAAGCUACCUCUCGAUCCUUCGUCAUCAUGGAUGAGGUUGGACGAGGCACGACACCUGAAGAUGGAACUGCCGUUGGGUUCGCUUGCCUGCAUCACCUGUACCAUGUGAACCAAUGCCGGACAUUAUUCGCCACACACUUCCACGCUCUAGCUGAUAUGUCUGCUGGCUUUGAGAAACUGGGUACUUAUUGCACCGAUAUCAAAGAGAACCCCUCCGGUUCGUUUUCAUUUGUGCACAAACUACGGAGAGGAGUCAAUCGACGGUCGCAUGCUCUGAAGGUAGCUCGACUUGCUGGGCUUCCAGAGCGCGCAAUUUCUGUGGCGCAAGAUGUACUGCGCGAUCUGCGAUCCUCCAAGAACCAGUAGAAUGAGAACAAAAAUAGUCUCAAGCUAAGUGACGGCGCUUGAACAACAACACCAAGAUUCUUAUCUCGAACUUGAUUUCUAGUUUCA